AUGCCAGUAUCGCGGGCAACUGUUCAAAAAUGCCUACCGGUUAUAGCACAAGCCAUCGAUGACCUGGAGCCAAAGGCUCGUAGAGGAGGAAGAAUUGUAUAUGUUGGUGCUGGAACAAGUCGAAGGCUGGGCGUCUUAGACGCCUCGGAAAUACCCCCAACGUUCUCGGCGUCAAGUGAGCAGUUUGUCGCUCUAAUCGCCGGAGGAGAUGUUGCCCUGCGCCACGCGCAAGAGGCUGCUGAAGAUGACGUCGAAGCGGGUCGUGAAGAUUUGAAGGCUUUGAAUUUAAAUCUAGAUCUCGACUCACUGAUUGGCAUCGCAGCAUCUGGUCGAACUACAUACGUACUAAGUUGCUUGGCCUUUGCGAAAUCCCUGGGCUGCAUUACUAUUGGAGUUGCGUGCUGCAACCCGUCGGCCAUGAGCAGCAGUGGGAGCGUGGAUUUCAUGAUCAGUGCUGUUACUGGACCGGAGGUGGUGACUGGCAGUACUCGAAUGAAGGCAGGAACUGCGACUAAACUAGUCUUAAAUAUGCUGAAGUCCGGCGGCGUGGGCGAUAGUGGAAAUAGGUGGGGCGUCUUGGUCUCUGAGGCUGUGGCUGUGGCUGUGGCUAUGGCUGUGGAGGAUAUCGCUUUGACGCCGAUGGCGCUGAUGCAUGCUAGUUCUUGA